AUGGCUACAAUGGAAAAGAUCUUCGCCGCCUACCAGGAGCGCCAAAAUGUUCUCGCUGCAAACACCCACCCCUUCGCAAAAGGUGUCGCUUGGGUGGAGGGAGAACUUACUCCCCUCCACGAGGCCCGUAUCCCCAUCCUCGACCAAGGCUUUAUGCACAGCGACUUGACAUACGAUGUUCCCUCCGUCUGGGAUGGGCGCUUUUUCCGCCUCGAUGACCACAUCACCCGAUUGGAAGCCAGCUGCACUAAGCUACGCAUGAAGCUCCCCCUCCCGCGCGACCAAGUGAAGCAGAUUCUGGUUGAUAUGGUGUCAAAGAGCGGCAUCCGCGACGCGUUUGUCGAAAUAAUUGUGACGCGUGGGUUGAAGGGUGUUCGAGGCUCUCGCCCGGAGGAUAUUGUCAACCGUAUCUAUAUGUUUAUUCAGCCCUACGUCUGGUGCAUGGAACCCGAGGUGCAGCCCGUCGGUGGAAGCGCAAUUAUUGCACGAACUGUCCGUCGUGUCCCACCUGGCUGCAUCGACCCCACUGUCAAGAACCUACAAUGGGGUGACCUAGUUCGCGGCCUUUUCGAGGCUUCUGAUCGUGGCGCCGAAUAUCCCUUCCUGACCGACGGUGACACUAACCUCACCGAAGGUUCAGGCUUCAAUAUUGUUCUUGUGAAAGACAAUGUCUUGUACACUCCAGCUCGUGGGGUACUUGAGGGUGUUACGCGCAAGAGUGUGAUUGAUGUCGCUCGAGCCAGCGGCUUUGAGAUCAAGGUUGAGUUGGUACCUGUGCAAAAGGUUUAUGACGCAGACGAGAUUUUUAUGUGUACCACUGCUGGUGGUAUUAUGCCCAUUACCAGUCUUGAUGGCAAGCCGGUGAAGGAUGGAAAGGUUGGGUCGGUUACCAAGAAUAUCUGGGAUGGAUACUGGGCUAUUCACUAUGAUCCUACCUACAGCUUCGAGAUUGCCUAUUAG